UUUUCAUUUAUCAUGGCGGAGGAUGAAGACGGUGUUUCGGAUAAAAAAUCACCACAAAAUUCGAAUAAUGCGGGAUCGUCUCAACAAAAUGCAGCUAAGCCUGACCUGGGGAUAGCAGAAGCCAAGUAUGACGUGAAAGAGAACGGGGACGCCGGCCCCGCGGAGCCAAUAAGCUCGUCUUCCAAAUCGACUGGCGCAAUGCGUAAGGAAGAGAAUCCGUUCUCGUUCCGACACUUCCUGAAACGGGAUCUGUCGCUGCCGGGGAAUUCUACGUACGAGAACACGGGAGCUCGACCUAAAGUUUACGCAAAUACAGUGCAGCAUUCUCCAACGAAAAUAGAUGUUCACAACGAUACGAGGCGCGAUAAGAGCCGCUCCAGCGAGACCCAAGCCAAAGAGAAACAAAACGAUGAUACUUUAUCGAAUAAUUUAGUAGAUAUUCCUUUUAGACCAUUUAAUGUAGUGGAUAAUUCUGAUUCUAAGCAUAAUCUGUACACGGACAAUUCAGAGCCUUUCUCCCACAGGCCGAACUUGGCCUCUGAGCCUCUGGGCAUGCCUUCCUUGCCCGACUUUGUUCAGGAUCACAUUUUAGUGGAGCAAGCUUAUCUGAAUUCCAAUGGUCCGAUAUCUGUUGAUCUUGAUAAUUUACCUGAUUUUACGUUCAAUACUAACUUCAAUGUGGGUUCUUCUUCCUCGCUGGGGAGGAGGAAUAAAAGUGGAUAUGGGAAUAAUCGAGGUUACGACUAUGAGGCAUACAUGGGUGCGUCAACGUCUGAGUCGGGGCCAUCUGGUCACAUUCCCCUGGACUUGCCCUCUGGAGCGGAAGCGGCUGGCCCAGUGCCUCUGGAUCUCCCUGCACACUUGAGCCUGGAUCUGACCGAGUCUGUGAACCCGGCAGAUAGACGGAACGUGUCACCAAGGAAUACCUUUCCUUUGGAUCUACCGCCUAAUGCAGGAGCAGAAUCAAUGAGGCUGCCAGACUUCCUGCCAGUACACCCUGGCCGGACGUCUCCGGAGCCAGAGCACCAAGAUGAACAGCUUCAACAGAUUAUCUCUGAGCUGGAACGCACCAGAUCGGAGUUAUUCGCGGAGCGCAGCCGUCGCUCGCGCGCGGAGGAGGAGGCCAACUCUGCGCGCGAGGCCGCCUCGCUGCUGCGUGCCGAGGCGGCGGCCGCGCGCGCCUCCGAGGCGGCCUUGCGGGCGCGCCUGCACGACGCGCGCCUCGCCGACCGCGAGUACGCGGGGCAGCUCGAGGCGGCAACGCACCGCGUCGAGAACAACCUCCAGGACACUGCCGCGAGAGCGACGGAAGCAGAGACAAACGUUUCUAAACUAAGGAAUGAAAUCAAAAGACUAAAGGAGGAGUUGGCAGCAUCACAAGAAGAAGUGCGCUCGCUGCGCAACGUGCAGAGCAACGCCGCGACUGACUUGCGACACGCCACCACUGUCGCCGAGACAUCGCUCAGGGAGCUCUUGUCCGGCUUAGAGCGGUUACGCUCGCUCAGCUCCGCGCUGGACCCCACAUGAUGGUCGCGACCUCACUACUAACCUUAACACUCAACUUUUGUAUCGAUGUUUCCCGAACACCGCUAUUUAUAAGAUAAUUUAUUAAAUAUCAUUAUUUACCACGGAAAUUGUGCGUUUAUUAUUUUUUUCAUCAUUAUUUUUAUCAUAGCAAUGGUUUAGAUGAAAAAAACUUACUUUGUGGUGGUGCCCAGUGCCCACUGUAACAGUUCGAUCAAUUGGAAUACGCCUCAAUAGAUAUUGUUGUACAUGUAUCUAAAUAUAAAAGGAAAAGGUGACUGACUGACUGACUGAUCUAUCAACACACAGCUCAAACUACUGGACGGAUUGGACUGAAAUUUGGCAUCCAGAUAGCUAUUAUAAUGUAGAUAUCAGUUGAGAAAGGAAUUUCGAAAUCAAUCCCUAAGAAGGUAAAAUAUGUACACGUUUGAAAUUUGUGUAGUUGUAAGUUAGAAAUAAUUUAAUUUGCCAACCCAAUAACAUCACAAUUUUAUAUUUAUUGUUCAUUCAUAAAAUCACAACUUUAUAUCGCGUCCUCAUAACAAAAAAUGACACUUAUUAAAGCGAUUAUAUUCAAAUGUAUAAUAAUUAUAAAUAAAUAAAUAGGUAUAGUACAAUUAUCGUGGAUUCUACUACUGGAUACUAGAUUCAAUGCAUGUAAGAAAAGUUCUGACUGACUGACUAACCCAUCAGCGCCCAGGCCAAACUGUUGGCCCUAGAAAGCAGAAUUUUGCAUUUUAUAAUGUAUAAGUGAAUGUAAAAUAAUGAAUAAGGCGGGAAUUUUUGCGCAAAUUAUUAUAUUCGCAAAGCAAAUAAUUUGCAAUUCCCACGAGAGGAAAGAGGAUUUUUGACUCCUAGAGUCGAAUACUAUUUUACAUUGAAUUGAGGUCUGAAGGAAGGUGAUGGGAUACAUCUCACAAGUCGAAAGUGAUUUAAAUUAUUAAUUUACAUUUGGAAAUUAAAAUAAGUGAGUCAUAGGUAUCAUGUAGAACUUGUAAUUACGCAUCGACCAUUUCUAUAUGAAUAAUAACACGAUUAUUGUAGGUAAAAAAUUAAAAGAAACACCAGUACACAUCGGCCCGAUGCGUUCGGCCAGUACCGGCCAACGUGUAAGAUGCUUUGAUGAUAGUUUGACAACCUACUAAAGUUAGUAAGCCUGUCAGCGUUGGCUGGAGCAAAGUUCUGUCUUGUAUUAUUUGCCGAGUGCAUUGGCCAAUGUGUACUAGGCAUUACACACAUUGUACAGUGUAAUUUAUUUUCGAAUGUGAGAAUGUGUGUUUUAGAUCUAAUUUUGGUUGAGUUUGGAAAAUGGGCUGUAAUUUAAGGUCACUUAAUAUAAUUCUAGGCAUGGGGUGUAGCAAAAAUGAGGGAAAUCUAUUAUAUAGGGGAAAAAUAUUAUGAAAAAAAAUCCUGAAAUUUAUUAGUUAUGUAUCAUAAAACUAUUAAGUAAAUAAAUAUAUCCAUGAGAUACAUUUUGGUUUUUAAGGAUUAAAAAAUGGAAAUUGUAAGCUUAAAAU